GAGACCGACAAGUUAAUCCUGAAAUGCAGCAAGGAAAUCACGGUUAAUCAAAUUGGUAAUUCGAUGAAUUUAACGACGGCUAGAGAUGCUUUGGAUGAUAGCACAGUGUGUGAAUUACAUGUUCCACUCAAAGCAAAUAUCAACCUGACUGCUUUGGGUGACAUCAAAGUUGGUGACUUGCAGGGCGACGGUGUACGUGUUUUCAGCGAAAUGGGCUGCGUAACUUUGGGAAAUUUAAAGUGCAGCGAAGUUAGCGCCGGUACCAACGACAAGGAUAUUGUCGUUGAGGGAAACAUAGAAGCAACUAGAGUUGAUCUAUUAUGUCGUCAAAGUGGUUCCAUCAAAGCACAAAAAAUAAAAUCCCUUGGCCUGAAAUUGGACACAAACGAAGGCAAUAUACAUAUGAACGCGUGCUACUCAAAGAAUGGUUACUUCAUUACCAAAACAGGCAACAUAGACUUGAAAAACGUCCACAAUCGUUGCCGUAUUGACACAAUAAAAAACGGCCAAGUGAAAAUGGUGGGCUUCGAAGGAGCGCUUGAAGUAUCCCUACAAAACGGCAAAGCAGAUCUUCAAAUACAGAAAUUAUUCGACAAUUCAGAUAUAACAGUGCGUGAAGAAGGCGAAAUCACACUGCGCAUACCGAAAGAGUUAUUAGACUACGUGGAGAUCUUGAUUUGGAGCAAGGGGUGCUACGUGGAUGAUGACAUCCCGUACACUGAAGACGACUUGAAAGAUUUGACGACCAUUCGCAAAGCGGGCACAACUGCAGAGCACGUGUUGCGAGUGCGAUGCAUGAAAGCAACCUGCAACGUACAUUUUGCGAGUUGGAUCGACAUGAUGACACAAAAUAUGGCAAAGUCAACGGAUGAUCAAAGCCUCAAGAAACAAGCCAACUAAAUCACUCACAGUCUCAGUCUAUCAGUAUUGAAAUAAAAUGACUGAUUCUAUUUUUUCGGCCGUGAAAUCGUGUUAGAAUCGUGCGUUUGUCUUUAUCACAAUAUAAAAUUACAAAUUGAAUCUUAA